UCAGGUUUCUUGCCAACCGCCAUCAGAAAAAAGAAAAAGAAGAACCCGGAAGUGACGUCAGCCCACCCGGCUGUCUGUUUGGGGUUUUCAGCUUCAGGAUGAGCAGGCGGGGAGCUCAGAGGGAGGAAGAGGAGGAAGACUUCUACGACUGUCGGGACAGCCUGGAGACGAAGGAGGAAGAGGAGAAGGAGGAAGAGCUCCCGAAAACAGACAGAGUACCGGUGAGAGGAGACGCAGAGAGGGAGCGACGGACAGAGGGAGAAGGGGAGGAAGAGGCGCGUCAGGAGGAAGAGGCGCGUCAGGAGGAAGAGGCGCGUCAGGAGGAAGAGGAGCGUCAGGAGGAAGAGGCGCGACAGGUCCUUCAGGAUUCAGAUGAAGAAACGUCCAGAGUGGAGUUUGACGAUGACUACCUGAGGGAGGUGGAGAAGGAGCUGACGGAGGAGGAGAAGGAGAGUCGUCGGCAGCAGAGCGUCGCUCUGAAGGAAACGGGAAAUGGCCUAUUCAAAGCCGGAGACUGGAAAGAAGCGGAGCUAAGCUACACGCAGGCUUUGGCUCUAUGUCCAGUUAGCUGCAGCAGAGAGAGAGCGGUGAUGUUCUCCAACCGGGCUGCUGCAAGGCUGCACCUGGACCUGAAGGAUGAGGCCAUCUCAGACUGCAGCAGAGCAAUAGAUCUGGAUCCAGAGUAUCUGCGGGCGUUACUGAGGAGGGCGGAGCUUUAUGAGAAGUCGGAGAAGCUUGAUGAAGCUCUGGAGGACUACAAAAAGGUUCUGGAGCAAGAUCCGAGCCACAGCGGAGCACGACAGGCCUGCAUGCGGCUGCCUCAGCAGAUUCAGGAGCGAAACGAGAAACUGAAGGAGGAGAUGAUGGGUAAGCUGAAGGACCUGGGCAACCUGAUCCUGCGGCCGUUCGGACUCUCCACCAGCAACUUCCAGGUCAACCAGGACCCAUCCAGCGGUUCCUACUCCAUCAACUUCGUCCAGAACCCCAAUAACAACCACACUGGAUGAUGUAAUCGCGACAUCGAACAAACAGAUUAUCUGAGAAUGGUUGAGGUUCCUGGUGAAAGCUGCAGGAUACUUCAGGUAUCGCAGGACAUUGCAACGCCAGAUUUCAGACUCAACCAAUAAGAAACUUGCUUUCUGAUGACAUAAUCUGCGGUAUGAGCUGUUAAUAAAGCAAGAAGUGAUGCAA